AUGAACGACCUAUUCUCUAGUUCGUUUAAGAAGUACACGGACCUGAAACAACAGAACCAGUUCGACGACAUGGAGGCUGGCGGAGAUGCAAGCGGGGAGGGCGUCAAUCUGGAUAAAUUCUUUGAAGAUGUGGAGAAUGUCAAAGAAGAUAUGAGGAAUGUGGAGAAGCUGUACAAGAGGUUACAGGAAUCCAACGAAGAAAGUAAGACUGUCCACAACGCCAAGACCAUGAAGGACCUCCGAUCCCGGAUGGAUAAAGACGUAGAACAGGUUUUGAAACAGGUAAAGGUUAUCAAGGGGAAGCUAGAAGCACUUGAACGCUCCAAUGUUGCUAAUAGGAGUGUUCCAGGGUGUGGACCUGGGUCCUCCGCCGAUCGAACACGGACGUCUGUGGUUGCUGGGCUUGGGAAGAAGCUGAAAGAUAUGAUGGAUGAUUUCCAGGGAUUCAGAGCAAAGAUGACUGCCGAGUACAAGGAGACAGUGGAGCGUAGAUACUUCACCAUCACCGGCGAGAAGGCAGAUGAAGAGACGAUCGAAAACUUGAUAUCAAGCGGGGAAAGUGAGACGUUCCUACAAAAAGCCAUACAAGAUCAAGGGAGGGGCCAAAUCCUUGACACCAUCUCAGAAAUCCAAGAGCGCCAUGAUGCUGUAAAGGAGAUCGAGAAGAACUUGAUUGAACUCCAUCAAGUGUUUCUAGACAUGGCUGCCUUGGUGGAAGCCCAGGGGCAGCAGCUCAAUGAUAUCGAGAGCCAUGUUGCCCAUGCCAACUCAUUCGUUCGACGAGGGACUGAACAACUCACAGUUGCAAGGGAGUACCAAAAGAGCUCAAGGAAGUGGACGUGCAUUGCCAUUAAUCUUGGUAUACUUCUCGUCAUCCUCCUCAUCUUGCCAUUGUUACCCACCAUCAUAACCCUUAUGAAGUAG